GCUUCACUUUGGACACUUGUUAGCGAUAUUGUUCCUGCUCCAGACUGGAGCAGUAAGACCGUUGCCAUGGAAACCGAUGCUCUAGUGUCAUUGGUGAGCUAACUUUGAUAGGGAGCAACAUGUGAUAAUAGGUAACCCUGCAGGAGCAAGCAGACUCGGAGAAAUCAGGGAAAGCCGAAACAAAACCUGUUGGAAACAACUGUUGGGGCUCAGUUGGAAUGGAUUCAUUGUUUGGGUUACAACAACCAGACGAAUGGUAGAAAUCUUCAUUUAUCUGUGGCAUUGCAAAGAAGUAACAUUUCUUGUGGAUUUUUUUCAAUAAACAUAACAAAACCGAGCUUAAAAUGCCAAAAGCAUUCUUGUUGACGAACAAACGGUACAAGAUAUGGAAACAGAUCAAGGAAACUUUUCGGGAACAGAAACUUCUACAACAGAGACAUGGGCUUGCAAACGACGGUGUUAUUUCGUCCUUUUACCGAUCCGACGAUGUGUUUGUCGACACCGACUACAGUAAAUACACGGAUGUUACCGACGACGAAGAGAGUUCCGAUGCCCCGCAUGUCCCGUCCCCGGCUAUCAGUCCUUCGUCAUCAACGACGUCAUCAGUCUCGUCCGCAGACGACAGUGAUGGCGGAUAUUCCUACACGACAGAAAAUAGAUCCUCCUCGCCGGGUAUGGAAUUCGGGCUCAGUUGUAGACAGCAGCAUAUUUCUUUUCUUUACGACUUGAUGACCAACAAUGCAUCGUCCAAUAACAAAGACAAUUCAGCCCUUACUUACGACCAAUCGAUUUACAAGUUUGGUGUCGAAUACCCGCGGAUCAGUCAGAUAUUCACUCCGAUCCCUCACCCGAUUUUGUCCCAGCCGGUCAACUUGAGUCAACAGCUGAGUACAUCGAGCGAGUGUCCAGGCAAUGAGAACCAUGUUUGUCCGGAAUGUGGCAAGCAGUACAGUACGUCCAGCAACCUUGCCCGCCAUAGACAGACCCAUCGCACCGCUUCCGAUAAGAAGGCCCGGAAGUGUCCGCACUGCGACAAGACAUACGUCUCAAUGCCGGCCUUCAGCAUGCACGUGCGGACGCACAACCAGGGCUGUGAAUGUAAGCACUGCGGGAAAAGGUUCAGCCGUCCUUGGCUGCUGCAAGGCCACAUCCGCACACACACGGGCGAGAAGCCUUUCUCUUGCCCACAGUGCCGGAAGUCGUUCGCUGACAAGUCCAACCUGCGCGCGCACAUUCAGACCCACUCCUCUGAGAAGCCUUUCGCUUGUGGCAGGUGCGGGAAGGCGUUCGCGCUGAAGAGCUACCUUUACAAGCACGAGGAGUCCUCGUGCAUGCGUGGUCAGAGGUUUAAACAAUAGCUGCAAUGAAGAAAAUCAAAACGACGGUAUCAAUUUUAAUGAGACAAUUACUAUUCGAGCUAUUUAAUCACUAAAUUUUAAUUGAAUUUGAACAAAUUGUACCAGAGUAUCAAUAUCAAUAUUAUUGUAUUCGUAUACAUACAGGUGCAUAGUAGAAUGGUAUUUAUUUAUUUAGUAUUUAGUAUUGGAUUUAAAUCCUUAAUUUAUUAUACAUGUUUUUGCAUGUACCAAUAUGGUAUUUUUUAGUUUUUCUUUUUUUUUAAUAACUAAUUACUUAUAAAUUUAUGUUAAUUGUCUUAAGUUGUUAAUUCAAAUUGUUCAUGAGACAGGCCGCGUGCAAUUAAAGGGAUUGUGUUCAUAUGUUAUCUAUGCAUUCGGAGAGAAAUACACGUGUCGAACAGAUGAAUCGACCAAAACAUUUCCAAAAAGUGCUACAAUAUUGAUGGGAUCAAAUUCAUUACUUUCGUCAUUGGAGUCGUUUUCAUCACAUUGAUACUAAUAUAGCGUGUCGUUUAUGUUAUACAUUUGUCUUGAUGUUAGAAUGGUGCAUGACGUCGGACAGAGGCCAAUCGCACGUCAUUCGUUCAUGGUUGAGUGGUUCUACGUCAAAACAAUAAAGAAAAUGGACUAUUCGAGAAAUCUCGAAUAAAUGGUGCGAACUAAUGUGCGAUUGGUCUGAGGUUUUAGUCCAAUAGUUUGGCUUUAUGCAGAAUUGAGACUAGAAAAUAGUCUUCUCACUUAGUUAAACUUGUACUUGCUUUGAAAAUAUGUCUAAUAUGCUACACCAAUAGAGCACCAUCCCGUUCUCUUUUUUCAAAAAUAAAUUUUGAUCAAAGAAAAGAACAACCUCGGAUAUCUCUCAUUUCGUUAACUGUAUUGACAUCUGUUGACUAUAUUGUUUUUUAUGUUUCAUCCAUCGGUUGAAUUCAAAUCAUUUAGCGACACGGAUUUUUUUAACAAAUCCAAGGGUUAACGUUUUCCAUUAAUUGUCAUUGUUUUCAAGUUUGUUAUUUUGUCAUCAUUUCAAAAACAUUCAAGUUGAGCUUCGUAUUUGAUUUCAAGUUGAAACAAAUUUUUCACCGCACAGUUUUAGAACAGGAUUUUACGUGUUAUGCCGACUAUUUUUGACAUUGUAAAUACUUGUAAAUAGUUCCCUAUUUAUACUUUUUUUUUGGUGUUUUCAUGUGUGUUUUAGUGUUUUCCCAUAUUAUUUAUUUUUGACAUGUUUGAAAUGUAUUUAAAUGAUAUUUAUUUAAUGUAUUUAAUAUUUAUUUGCUACCUAUUUAUUGCAUUUUCAACUUACAUUAAGUAUUUUAUUAAUCACUAUUUAUUCAACAAACGAAGAUCUCAGAUUGUGUAUAUCAUUAAUUGUAGCCAUGGUGUCAUUUUCAGUCAUAUUAUUUACAAAUAAUAAUCUUGAAUAAAAAAUGUUCGCAUUAUUUGUAGGAUUAACAUGAUGAAAUUAAAAAUGGAUUUAUUAAAAGCUGUUUAGUCCUGAAACGUCAAAGACAAUUGUAUUACUUGAAAUUAAUUAGUAUAAUUUACCAUAAAACGUUAAUUCAGCCCCGUUUGCUUGUAUCUUUUACAAUCAGCUAAGGCAAUCAUUACCACAGUGAUUUGAUGGGAAUCAACUCCUGCUUUGGUGGCUUUUGACCCUGUACAAAAUUUAGUGACACUUAACCCAAAAUAAAAAAAAAAUCUUCAGAUUUAUCAAAGGGGUCACUCCUACCAACUAUCUAGCAUAAAAUAACUAUGAAUUACUGCAGUUUAACGAUGUCAGAAAAUAUCGAAAUGCCUAAAUAGAGUCCAAAUGGACACCACAACAGGAGUUCACUCCCAUCAAAUCAUUGUGAUCAUUACCCAUGUUUAGUGUCCUAGUAACUGUUUUUAUGUGUUUUAAAACGAUUUGCAGUGUUGCUUACAAGGUUGUUCAUUAUAGACGUUUUGUUUUACCAGUGUGAUGUAACACUUUAUAUCAAAUGCUUAUUAUCUAAAUGCGUUUUGAUUUUCAAAAAAAAAGAACUAAUUUGACUCCUGAAUUAUAAAUUGGUAAUAAAUUCAAUGCUGUAAUAAAUUUAGUAGGGUUACUAGAGGAACAUCGAUUUUUGUGUGAUCUAUUUGUUUCCAAAUACAUAAAUUUAUUUUUUUGAAGUUUUAAAUUUAAGUAAUUUUUUAUACGUUUAACUACUAGUCAGUGAAAUGCAUGGUGAAAUCUUGUUUUGAUGUGCACGCGUGCAUUAAUUCUAACGAUAUAUUUAAUGUGAAGUAGAUGUAGAAUCAAACACUUCGGACCAAUUCAUACCACAAGCAGUCUCCUUGAGAAACUCCUUAUACAUCAUAUUACUAUUUGUGAUAGCUUGAAGUAAAAACGUAAAUUGCAGUUUACGAAAAUAACAAUUUCAUACAAUUAUGAUUAUUUAAUAGUUAUUUUUAACUAUAUACUGUAUUCCUGCAUGGGACUCGCUUUCACGCAUCCGACUCGUCUGUAACGACGCUAAAUAUUUCCCUGACCAUAUUAUUGUAUCAUUCUAAACUCAUUUCACGAUAGUUUCACAUAUUUCAAUCAUUGCGUUUAAAACGCCAAAAAAUACAUACUUUGAUUAUCUCAAAUUUUGUAAAGUGGACGACUGUAUUUUAACAAUACAAAGGUGAAGCAUUAAAAUGUGUGUAAGUCAUAAAAAACUGUAUUUCGUUUUUUUGCCAUUAUUUUAGUCCAGAUAAAACAAAAUAUUUUUGUAAUUUAUUGCUUACAGCCAAAUGAAUCUCUUGGUUUUAAAUAGACAUUUAGUGCCGAAAUAAAGAUACCACUCAGA